AUGGCGAACAUGGCAAGCGUCGACGCACGGACCGUCUACACUCAUGCCACCCAUGUCGGUGGGGCAAAAGAGCCGUCAGGACCUGGUCAUAAGAUGCUGCGAAUAGAACGCCAGGAAGGGAGAGGACCCACAUCGAUGCGUCAAAGUUCGCAAACCCUGGACGGUAGUCUGACGCUGGGAACGCUGAAUGACGAGCUUGCCAUGAGCGGUUUCGGUUUAGGCGGGCCAGAGGAAGCAAGACGAGGCGGGGACCUUCUGGCAGGAGACACGGGCAGAGUGGGUUGCAGACUCUUGCGUCGGUGCAAAAGUGGGCGAUGA